AUGGAUUAUGGAAACGUGACCGUUAUCAAUCUGCCGUAUGCCGCGGUUUGGAGGCCAGACAUACUUUUGUAUAAUUGUGCGGAUGAGAAAUUCGAUCGCACCUUUCCCACCAAUGUGAUCAUGCGACACGAUGGCAAGGUGCAAUGGAUGCCGCCGGGGCUGUUCAAAUCUACGUGUAACAUUGAUAUCUCUUGGUUCCCGUUUGAUGUCCAAAUCGAUUUCCGAAUCACAUGUGAAGCAAAUGAUACGUCGGAGAACUGUUCCACACGUGGAGAGGUUGAUCUGUCCGAAUAUUCGAACAAUGGUGAAUUUCAUUUGGAUGGUGCCUAUGUGGUACGGUUCGCUCAACGAUACGACUGUUGUCAGUUCGAUUUUAUCGAUAUCAAAAUGACCAUCCAGUUGCAACGUCGGGCUUUGUACUAUGUGUUCAAUCUCAUUGUGCCUUGUCUACUCAUAUCUGGCAUGUCUCUGAUGGUAUUCAUGCUCCCGCCUGAUGCGGGUGAGAAAAUCUCUCUCGGUAAGUUUCUCCAACAAGUGGCAAUCUACUCACCGUUUAUGAGUAGUGCAAUGUAA